ACUGACGGAAGCAAUUCGGCGGACGUGAGAAACAUCUACGAGCAAUAGAAGUUCGUUUGCAAACAGUUUUUUUUAAAUUUAUUUGGAAGCGGAGGACAACACGGAAAAUGCCCCGCUACGGCCGAAAAAAUUCAAUUCCGGACAGAUGGCUGGACUACAAGGCUGUGGGCAAGCGACUAGGCGGGACUCGUUUUGUGGCUUUCAAGGUUCCUCUCAAGCAGUCUCUAAACCGAGGCCUCGAGCCCGCUCAGGUCUUCGGACCGUGGGAGCUGUUGGACGCCAUGCAGGAAGACCAACAAGAACUGGGACUUGUUAUUGACCUGACCUUCACCACGCGCUACUAUGGGCCCCAGGACCUUCCAACUUCACUGCGCUGCGUCAAGAUCCCCACGGAGGGUCACGUGGUCCCCGCCGACGGUCCCGUUCUGGCCUUUAAGCAAGCCGUCCGCCAAUUCCUUCGAGAUAACGUACACAACGACAAGCUGAUCGGCGUCCACUGCACGCACGGACUCAACCGUACUGGCUACAUGAUUUGCAGGUAUCUCAUAGACGUGGACGAGAUGGAUCCCGCCAAGGCCAUAAAACUGUUUAACUCGAGUCGCGGUCACAACAUGGAGAGAAGCAACUACAUCGAUGACCUUCGCACUGGCCCACGGAGAAGCAAUGAGGGCAUAGACAAUCGUCCGCCAACGUCGGCGCCAGGACAAGCCGUCAAUCGGACACCGGCUGCCGGUCGUGCGGCUGCCGGUAGUGCGCCUUCAGGCGGACGUUGGGGCGGCGGCAGCCACACUUGCAGAUUUUUCUCACCAAGAGCUACAAGACAACAACCGCUUGAGUCGCCCCAAAAUGACAGCCCCCGAUUUUUCCCAAAAGGAGGCAAUAGCCGACCCCCAUAUGAAUGUUCCCAAUAUGAGCGGCCCCAACAUGAAAGCGCCCAACAUUACCGGCCCCCAAGAAGCAGCCUGCUUCCGUUCCCGCCUGCACAUCCUGCCUCCAUCCCCUCCAGAAGGGCAUUUCCCCAUGCUGCCAACUGGCAGGGUGGGCCCACGUACCUUCAGGGCCAUGCACAGCCAACGUGCGUUUGGGGCCGCCCACCGCCCACUGCCCUCCCACGUUACUGUCCCCAGUGGGCCAAUCAGCAGAGCACUGAGGAUGAAGGGUGGGGCUAAAACUGAAUGGGAACAUUUUCGGUCUUGAUUUUUGGACCGUAAGAAGCGUCUUAACUCCUGACCUCCGCCAAGGCUAAUGACCUAGCCAUUAGCCUGCUGGCUAACUCUUUCAAUUUUCUUAAGUUUGAUCGAGCUCUGAAAUUUGUCUUGGAGUUUUGGUUUCUGUAUGAAAUAGUCUGUGCCUUGAUCAGGAUGGAUUUGAACUGCUCGUGAUGCAGCCAUGCUUAGAGCAAGCAUUCGCUGCAGGAAGAUAACACCCCGCUGCAAUAUGAUUGGCUGCCUCAUCCAGGUAGGACACACCCUGCUGCUUCUGCUUCAAUGUGGUGGCCAGCGUUGUUCAGAAGCCCACUAACAAGUUUUGAAUUUUAAAUACAUGCCUUAAACUUACAUGAUCCUAUAAUGAUCUUGUAUUUUUCAUGAUCAUCCAUUUUUUUUAGUUUUGUUUUUUUAAACCAAUUAGAUUUUAAAGUAUUU